GGUACCGGUAUCGAGUUUCCUAUACCGGAUAUUUUCGGUACCGAUUCGGUACCCACUUUUUGGAGUUUUUGAUACCGGUAUUUUGCCGAAUUUUUCACACAAAUACCGAUACCGUACCGAACAUUUUCGGUACCAGUACUCACAUUUGGUGAUUUUCGGUACCAAGCUCAUCCCUAGUUAUGGUUUAGUAGUCCACUUUCCUUUAUGUGAAGUUAAAUUGUAUGUUUUAUAUAGGAAAUUCAGUUAAAUUGUAUGUUUUAUAGAAACUUCAGUUAAAUUGUAGACUAGUAAUCAGCGUAAUUGUAAGAAUCGCUAGGCGCUAGGUACUGACUAGCGAUUAAUCGGGAUUAAUCGGAUCGAGAUUUUUAUAUUUAAUUUUCAGUUAUAUAUAUACACACACAUUUUUAUAUGCAGUUUUCUAAAGUAAACAUGUUUUAACCCAUCAUUGACCCAUUUUUUAAGUAAUUCGAAGGAAUUUAUAAGGUUUGGUCGACAUUUAGCCGGCGUAUGGCCAAAUUUUGGCUAGAAUAGGACUGUCAUUGACCGCCUAGCGAUUAAUCGGUGAACCUCUCCGAUUAGUGAUUAAUCCGAUUAGUGAUUAAUCGGAGACUCGUCAGGAUUUUUACAACCAUGAGCGUAAGGACCCUUUAGAUUGCAUUUUCAUAAGGUUUUAAGGCUUAUUCUCUGAUAAAGAAUGUCCACCAUAAAUCCUGUCCAGUAAAAUAACCGAAAAACAAGCGAUAUUCCAGUAAUUGCCUAUUUGCCCUCUUUGGUUUCAAAUUUGAAUUACUUUAAAAAUAUUUCUCACACAGUCAAAAGCGUAUAUCAGAUUAGAAUUUAUAGGGGUAAAAGAGAUCCACCCUUUUCUCUUUCAAAACAUAACCAUCCUGCAACCUCCGUCUACACCCAAUGUCCACCGAACAACGAGUGUCAUGGUCGGAUUCUUUCUCCGAAGCCCAAACCGCCAUCCAGACCCUCUCCACCAUCAUCUCCUCCGUCCCACCGCACGUCUCCUCCUCCGACUCCCCGGCAUUAGCCCUCCUCAAUGACCCGGAACUCGCAUCCCAAAUCUCGAACCACCUUCGCCAACCCGACUCUGGAGCCGGAGAUAACCAGCUUUGCCGCUGGCUCUACGAUACCUUCCACACAUCGAAACUCGACCUCCAACUUGUCGUCCUCCGCUUCCUCCCCAUUGUCGCUGGAGUCUACCUCUCUCGGAUAGCGCUUAGAAAACCGCUAGCCGGUUUCGAGGCGGUUUUGCUGGCUAUAUACGCACACGAGACCGCUUCACGUGACGGCAAGCCAAUCACCGUAAACAUAUCAGACCUCUCGCACCCAAGCGUUUACCAUGAAAGCAGACAACCGUAUCGAAGCACGUCAACCGAGCCUAAACAGGUUGUCAUCUCCCCUGGUUUGGAGCCUCAAGGAACCAUCCGAUCAACCAAACGUGCCCGAAUCAUCGGGGUUGCACUCGAACUAUAUCACAGCAAGAUUGUUGAAAUGCCGGCUCAAUCAAAGCUCGACUUUUGUGAGUUUUGCAUCGUUUGGGCGGGGCAAGACGGAGAGUUGUAUAAAGAUUUCCCAAAUGAUGAUAAAACAGAAGAUGAUCAAAAGGGAAAAGAAAGUGAAAUGAAGAAGGAAGGAAGGAUUUUGCUACCAUGGGAGAUUCUGCAACCAAUGUUGAGAAUAUUAGGGCAUUGUCUGAUGGGUAUCAACAAGAACAAAGAAAAGAACAAAGAAGUGCAUGAAGCCGCAUGCCGUGCUUGCAGGAGUCUUUACGCCAGGGCAAUGCAUGAUAUCAACCCGAAGGCGAUUUUGGCGGUCGGGAGUCUUCUUAAGCUUAUCAAAAUCCAGAAAGCUUCUAUUGAUCAUACCGAGUUACCCGUUACCAAAGUCAUCCAUCUUUAAAGCUUAUAGUUAUGAGUCGAUUGUGUCGUCAAAAAAAAAGGUUAGAAAACUGUCUAGGAUGUGCAUUUCUU